UCCGGAGCCUCGUCGUGUCUCAUGCUAGCUGUGUCGCUUGCACGCAAAUUGCAAAAGUUCGAGUGACAGCCGCGGACCAGGAAGAGUGAAGAAAAGUCAUUUGUCUCCCGCGUGGGCUUAAAAUGAUUUAUUUGCCGACGGCCGUUCAGCCGCAGACAAAAGCAUGAUUUAUUCAAACAUGUUACCUGUUGAACAAUUCCAACUCAUUCCCCGCCACUGACAGGCAGCUACAGUCUAUACCGAGGGUGACGAUUCCCCUGAGUCAGCUCGUCAAUGUCGUCCACUCGCUGAAGAGCUCCGUCGUGAGCGGCGGCGGCGGCGGCAUCGGCAAGGCGAGAGCGCCCCGCGACCACGCCUCUCAGUCAGAACCGCAUCACGCCGAGUUAUGCGCGCAGCCGCCGUGGAACUUACGGGACCUCGGCCUGUCGGAGCUGGGAAUGCGGCAGCUCAACGAGUUGGCGCUGCGGGCGUUGCCGCGUUUGGAUGCGCAGGAAGCGCCGACCGCUCUUAUCGGUGGUCGGGCAAUGUGGCGAACCUCUCACCUUUCCACGCACUCCUUUUUUGUAAACAAGCAUGGCUUUUCCCACCUUGGAACGUCCGGCCCAGUGGAUUGCAGGCGGAGGCGCUCUCCUCUUCGCUCGGUCUGCGCAGAGCUGCAACUUUCUUCAGUGUGGGUCCAGCACAGAGGCUUUAAAACAUUAAGGAGCAAAACCAAAAGACUGCAGUCGGCGGUUGAGCGCCCGCUAGAACCAGAAGCUUUCCCUCCAUCUUUCAUGAAGGGCUUCCUGACACGUGACAAGGGCAUCGAUAUGGAAAGUCUUGACAGUCUGACCAAGAUGGGAAACAUCCCCGACGGACAGCAGGAUGCUUUUAAGAGGGGCUUCGCGGAAGGCUUCCUGAAAGCCCAAACGCUGACGCAACGCACACAAGACUCGCUGAGAAGGAAUCGACUCAUCUUGUUGGCGGUGCUUCUUGUCGGGCUCUACGGCAUCUCCAAGAUCCCUUUCAUAUCAGUGCGGUUCCGAACCACAACAGGCCUGGACUCCUCUGUGGAUCCGGUCCAGAUGAAAAAUGUGACAUUCGAGCAUGUCAAGGGUGUUGAGGAAGCAAAAAAUGAGCUGCAGGAAGUGGUCGAGUUUCUGAAGAACCCCCAGAAGUUCACAAACCUGGGUGGAAAACUCCCCAAAGGCGUCCUUCUGGUUGGCCCACCUGGGACUGGCAAAACGUUACUGGCCAGAGCUGUGGCAGGGGAAGCGGAUGUUCCUUUCUAUUAUGCCUCAGGUUCGGAGUUUGAUGAGAUGUUUGUCGGAGUCGGAGCCAGCCGCAUCAGGAAUCUUUUCAGAGAGGCAAAGGCUAACGCUCCGUGCGUCAUCUUCAUUGAUGAACUGGACAGUGUGGGUGGGAAGAGGAUCGAGUCUCCCAUGCAUCCUUACUCCAGACAAACCAUCAAUCAACUACUUGCAGAGAUGGACGGGUUCAAACCUAAUGAAGGAGUCAUCAUUAUUGGUGCCACCAACUUCCCCGAGGCUUUAGAUAAUGCUCUGAUCCGCCCAGGACGAUUUGACAUGCAGGUCACGGUCCCUAAACCAGACGUGAAGGGACGAACGGAGAUUCUCAACUGGUACCUCAGAAAGAUUAAAGUGGAUCCAGACAUCGAGGCAAAGAUUAUCGCACGCGGCACCGUGGGGUUCUCCGGCGCUGACUUGGAAAAUCUGGUGAACCAGGCUGCCCUGAAGGCAGCAGUAGAUGGGAAAGACAUGGUCACCAUGAAGGAGCUGGAAUUUGCCAAGGACAAAAUCCUCAUGGGCCCAGAGAGAAGAAGCGCUGAAAUCGACAAGAAGAACAAGAUCAUCACAGCGUACCAUGAAUCGGGCCACGCAAUCGUGGCGUACUACACCAAAGACGCCAUGCCCAUCAACAAAGCCACGAUCAUGCCAAGAGGUCCCAGUCUGGGUCAUGUGUCGAUGCUGCCUGAGAACGAUCGCUGGAGCGAGACGCGCUCUCAGUUGUUGGCUCAGAUGGACGUCAGCAUGGGCGGCCGAGUCGCAGAGGAGAUCAUAUUUGGCCACGAGUUCAUUACCACCGGAGCCUCAAGCGACUUUGAUAGUGCCACCAAGAUCGCCAAGAUGAUGGUGACGCGAUUUGGGAUGUGUGAAAAGUUGGGUGUGAUGACCUACAAGAACAUGACAGAACAAAGUCCAGAGACUCAAGCAGCUGUGGAGCACGAAGUCAGAGUUUUACUGAGGGAUUCCUACGAACGCGCUAAAGCCCUCUUGAAGUCGCACGCCAAAGAGCACAAGAACCUCGCCGAUGCGCUGCUCUUGUACGAGACGCUGGACGCCAAAGAGAUCCAGUUGGUCUUGGAGGGCAAGACCCUGGAGACCAGAUGAAAAGGCAAAGACGUGGGUGUGCUUUUGGUUCUCGAAGGGACUCUGGCCUGAUGGAAAUGAGACGUGAAUCUCGGUGUUAGCAAAUCUUAGUGCUGUGUGAUCUGCCGUGUUGAUUAUCUGUUCCAUAAUCUUAUGAUAUUCCCACAUGGGCGCUUUAUUCCCCAUUUCCUUCAAGGCUUUAAGUGUGUUGAAGUUUCACACUUGUGCAUUCAAAGAGUGAAAGCUGGAUGUACUCAGAGUCGUCACACUGGCCCAAUUGUAAAUAUCGACUUUUUCACGCUCGGGACUCUCGCACCUCAAUCACGAUAAGACGCUGACCGUGGAAUUAUGUUGUCGAUUACUGAUUAAGAAUCGGUCUCUUUAAGCUUAGCUGAAUGUGUCUUUAGCGUUAGCACUGUGAGCCAAUCCGGUUCUUGACGGGUACUGUACUCGUUUCCUCGUGUUUUUCCCUUCGGUGGCUCCGCUUCAACUCAACGACUGUUUGAUUUGAGUUUUUCAACGAGGUGGCCUUUUGGGUUAUGGUUUGUCCUUUAUGAAAUCACUUUGAAAAGACACACCCAGAACAGCUGCUGUGUCCAGAUAUGACUUCGACUGCUGCUGACCGCUAACAAAAGCAAGCGUAGUGUCGCACUGUGCAUCUUGAAGGUCGUACUUGUAAAAUUGGAUUGUCCACCAAACCCUCACGUAAUCAAUAACUUUGAAUUGUGCCGUGUGGCGGUUGUUUCAGUCCGUAGCAAGCAUUAUUAAUUUCCACGAGCUUUUGCUGCCCACUUUUGGCUUUUUACACAAGUGAUUCAUUUGGGGGUGGGGGUGCACCGGUUAACGGGUCAAUUUGGACAGUGAUUGUCUGGCGACCAGUUGAGGGUGAACCUCUCCUCUCGCCCGGGGUUAGCUGAGAUGGGCGUGAGGAGGAAAAGCGUGACGGACGGACGGAUGGGAAUGUCCAUUUUUAUUUCAUUUGUCACUUUUUUUUUUUUUUUUUUUCCUUUUGUCUUCUGAGCUUUUGCCCAUGAUGAGUUGUAUAUUAGAGUGGAAUCUAAUAAGACAAUUGUAAAUAGAUGUAUGAAAAAUAAAACAUCUGUGUGGUAAGCACAAUAAACAUCCAUGCGCGCGCUGAUUUUCAUUGAUGAAAUUGAUCUGGAUACAAGAAAUGAAAGAAAAGCCCAAAACGUGUUUACUGUUU